GUCAGCAUGGCAUCCAGUAUAUGCGGCAGAAGCGCAGGGUUUAAUCACUGUCGAUUGGUCGGCGCGUCUCAACCCCGUAUUAGGCAACGAGCAUUUGGGGCUUAGACCUCUACAACUUCCAUACUACUGCUACUGCUAACUCGAAGGAGUUUUUAAGGUAGGUAGGUCCCUGACCUUGUAAAUAGGGCGAUGGCAGCCCCUGAUGCAGUAAGGCUGGCUAGCUUCCUAGCCAUCCUCGUCCACAAACUCACUUGAUACCUCCCAUAAGGUAUCCAUAUUGCCCACCAUCAAUCGGCUGCCUCUCGUUUCCACCCCGCUUUCCUGCUCACUCCUACGCUCAACUCUGCAUACAUGCCUCAGGGCAGCAAAAUCGACAACCUAGGCUCGGGGAUCUUACUUCAUUCCCCUUGUCAGCAAGACUGGAGAAUCCUCUGGCUGCUUUUGCGAUUAUCAGCCCUUGAUAUUUUGUAGUCUUUUUGCUCUCCUGGUUUUCUUCCCGAGUAGCUUUCAUAUCUGGCCGAUCGCAGAGCUUAAUAUACCCUUGUUUCUCUGCCCUUGCAGCUUCUGGACAGCUGUUGUCCAAUUCCUUUUCUCGUCAAGGUUGACCUGCGAAGCCACCUGCACAAGAUGGAACACAACAGCAGAAGCUUAGACGAUCGUCAGAACUACCCGGACAGGGAUAGUAUACAGUGUUACUCAGAGAGCGACAGAUUCCGCCUUGCAUACGUCGACUCCGAUUGCAGCGACGCCGAGUCUGAUGCCAGUGGUAUCAAUCAAUCGAGCUUGAGGUCCUAUCAUUCAUCAUUUCGGAUGGGAAGUUCCUACCGCGACCCAGUUCAGCGUCGAUCACCAUUCCGCCUUCCACAAGACAUGGAUCCUACCCAGGCGGUCUACGAGGGAUGGACUGUGUAUGUUCCUCGGGAUGAGAAAGACUCUUACAACGUCCGUGUCGCACCCACUAGCCACUCACAGCAGGAGCUUGCAGAGAUGCAUCUUGCUGCGCUGGACCAGUACCAUGGCGCUCAUCGCAGCAGCAUCGGUUGCCUCCCCAUGCGUCGCAUCCUGAGGCGAGCCACUUGGCGGCCAAGCUAUGAUGAGCACAUUGAUAGCCGCAUUGCGAAAUGCCAAAAAUCUCUUCAGGAUGAGCUCUCGUAUCUUCUUCAGGACAGAAGCCGCCAUUCCAGUUCGUCAGAGCGCGAGCGCAUAUGGACUGUGGCUAUGCUGCAGGAACAGCUCUGUCCUCGGUUUGCUUCCACCAAGCCUACCCCUGCUAGACGUCACCGGCUCAGGUGGUGGAAGGACAACGCCCGUAGCCGCGAGACGGAAUUUUUUGUCGUCAUACUCGGCCGCGAGACGAGGCACGAGCCCGGCGGUAUUCCUCUGUACGCAAGGUACACGAACCCAUGGCGUGCCGUCGACGACGAGCAGACAUUGCAGGAGAAGGAAGCACUCUCCAGAGAGCGAGGCGAAGACUGUUUUGCCCCGUCCCAAUCCAACAGAGGGAGCCGCAGGUCUUUCCCUCGUCCUGUGAUCAGACACCGUGAUCCGCCGGCGCCGGUACCGUCAGCGCCAUUGCUCUCGCAGGCCCCCCGGUUCGAUGCUUUCAGUAAUCAGCCGCCUGCGGAGUCUCUGCCGCCGCGGCCCUGGGAAAGCGGGCUUCAGCAAGAUACUUGGUUUGCGCCGCACCAAGCACCAUUUUCACUCCCUAAUCUUCCUCCUCCGCCAGUCCCUGCUCGUCCACGCUGCUGGCAUCCUGGACCACCACCCACAUACCGCGCAACACCCACGCCACCUGGGCCAAUUUCUCAUUCCCCAUCAAUGUUUGAGGGUUUCCGACAAUCGCCGCCGCUCAAUCAUUUCGAAGCCUUCUUUCCUUUACAACCGAACCCUCCGUCCGUGUCAUGGCCACCGUCUCCAAGCUCCUAUCGCCAUUUCUCUCCGCCGCUGUCAUCUUACGGGCCGCCUCCCCCACAACCUAAUGCGUACUCCAACCUGACAACUCCGACGUCACUUGGCUCGAUUCAUGUGCCCAUGUUUGGACCUCUUUCUUUAGUACCCCCCGUGGUAUCUCGGUCACCUUCUCCUCCGUACUCGCCUCGAUCUAACGAGAACAAUGCAACGAGAGACGAAAAGAGUGAAUCAACCUCAACUUCUGGCUCUGCUGGGUCCAACGAUUCCCAUUUGCAUCGGCAGGAUACAGGCACGACAGAGUUGGAGCCUAAGGAGGAAGCCAAGUCUCUUGCCAAAGACAAGCCAACGGGUAUGCGUAGUGAUGAUUGAUGAUUUUUGGUGUUUUAUGUAACAUGCUAGUUUGUACAGCGUAUUUUGGUGUUCUUAUCAUGUUUGAGCCAGGUUCGGAUUGGGCUGUAAUCUGUGUGUCUUGAUAUUUCACGGGUUGGAUUUCUAUUUCCCUAGUAACAUCUGCUAGUAGUCAUGAUGAAGUCAAUGAAGUCAUUGCGUUCCCGUUUUGCGUGUAUUAUUAGAGGAAUAUUCAAAGGCGAAGCGACCAUUAUCUAACCCUCACUAAGUAGAAAGUAUCAUCGCGAUUAGUUCUAGUAACCGGGCUUGAUUGCACCAGACACCGCCGAGAUGAGUCUCUCAGACGAUAGUCUGGC